GAAGCCUGAACUGGGCUCGGGCUAAAAAUCUGGCAAGAGGUCCCCAUCCAAAAUCUGGCAAGCGGCCGGAACUGUAUGCGAGAGAACAUGGAAGCGAAUAUGCUGGAGCGAAUCUUUGCCGUCCCGUCGCGCACACGGCACACGCGACCCACCAGCAGCAGCAACGACGCCACCACCGUCCACCGCCACCCAACAGCGGCCGCGGCAGCUGCCGCAAGACAGGAAGGGACUCCACCGCAAAGCAAUGUGCCCCGGCACCUGCACGCACGGGCGCACGGCCGAGAAAAGCGCAGCCCCGCCACGAGUCGGCCACCUCCCCCCCCUCGUGGUCUUCUCCACUUGCUCCUGCACCUCCUCCACCCCUCCGAAAAAGUCCAAUAAAAUACAAGGGAGCCAACCCUCAGACGGAAGGCGCACGGCGCACGGAGGCGUUGGAUCGGAUCGUCGCCGGCGGGGGGCGAGAUGUGGGAGUCGGUGGCGCUGACGCUGGCGGGCACCGCCGGCAACAACAUCGGCAAGGUCCUCCAGAAGAAGGGCACCCACAUCCUCCCUCCCCUCUCCCUCAAGCUCAAGGUGGUCAAGGCGUAUGCGUUGAACCAGCUCUGGAUCAGCGGGUUCCUCAUGGACAUGUGCGGCGCCGCGCUCAUGCUCACCGCGCUCUCCCAGGCCCCGGUAUCCGUUGUGCAGCCCAUUGCCGGCUGCGGGCUCGCGAUACUUUGCGUCUUCUCCCACUUUUACCUCAAGGAGGUCAUGAAUGGCCUCGAUUGGGUCGCCAUCACACUAGCUGGUCUCGGCACCAUAGGUGUUGGUGUGGGAGGCGAGGAACAGAAAGUUGAUCAAAUACCUCUUCUCAAUAUACCCUGGCUAGUGCUCUCCGUUGUCAUCUUGUUUGUACUGCUCAACACUUGGCUUCAUAUGUAUAAAAAACAAAGGCGCGAGCAAGAGUUGACUGGACCCGAAGUGAUUGAGGAGAUCAUAUAUGGCUUAGAAUCAGGCAUUUUGUUUGGGAUUUCUUCAGUGAUCUCUAAGAUGGGAUUUGUGAUGUCUGAGAUGGGUUUUCCAAAGAUUGUUGUGCCAGCUGCCAUUUCCUGUAGUGUUUGCUGCAGUGCUGUAGGAUUUGUGUAUCAGGUUCUUCAUUAUCACAGGAGUGAUACUACUUGUUAGUUCAACCCGAUUGAUUGCACGUCUACCUAGGCCAGUGCAGAAGUUUUUGAAGAGCAACAUGGAGCGCUCCCACAGCAUCAGGAGGCCCGGUUCAGCACGAGGGAAGGACCCCAUCCCAACCACAACAAUCCAUGCGUCAUCGUUACAUCUGCUUACUUCUCCAACGAAGGAGAAGGCCUAGCAAAAUGUUGCUGUUGGAGCAAAUCUGUUUCGGCACCUCAUAUGCGUCAUGUCAUUGUUUGAUUGAAUGGGUAUGCCAAUGUAGAAGUCUAGAGUAGUAGCAUCUUAUAAAGUUUGGGUUGGUUACUCAUCAUACUGCCUGCCCUUCAUAGGACUAACAGAAGUGUGGAAAAAAAAUACUGCAAAAUUAUGUCACGUCUCAUCUUGUCGUUUGUUUGGUUGCUCAGUGAUAAUUCAUGACUGGUUCUGCCCA